AUGGAAGCGGCCAUCACAAGCAGCCUUGACACCGUGGUCGCCACCGCCAACGCUGCUCUGCAGGCCCUCCCACGCAUCGUGCCCAUCGAUUCCACUGCUGCUCUUGACGCCACUCUGCCUGCUGAUCCUGAGAUCGACGGCCAGGGCAUCUCGCUCGCCUGCCACGGCCGCUUCCUGCCGUCGGAUCGCAGCAUCUCAUCCCACCGUGCUGCCGCUGCUUCUGCCGCUGCUGACGUCAGCACACAGAGUAGUGUUGGUGGUGGUGGGCUGAGCAUCGACCGUGGUGCUGACAUCAGCAGCUACCAAGGCGUGAGGGCGUUGGGGGAGAUGGGGGCGGUUGGCAGUGCCGGUGGGGAGGUGGAAAGGGCGCGAGAUGAAGCUGAGGGGGAGGCGAGUAUAGGGGGAGGCAAAGGGGAGAAGGAACCUGGGAGAGUGAUGGGUAGUGGGCGCGGAAGAGGGAGUGAGGGAGGGAGUGUGGCGGAGGAUACAAAGUGUGUGGGGGAGGGCGAUGAGUGUGCGGAUUCAGGGCAGAUGGUGGCGCUAUCUCUGUCUCAGCACCUCGUUACUUCGGCCAGCCAAGUGUAUUACGAGGCUGGUGCGCUCUCCUACACCGUAAACCACCUCCCAGACUCCUUCCCCUGGAAGCUUCUCAACACCAAGGGGUGGCGCUGGAUCCUUCCCAAAAUGUUCCACGAAUACCCCGACGCCGACCUGGUCUUCCGAGUCAACGCCAGUCAGCCGCCCAACGCCACGCUGACACCUGGCGGGAUCGGAUUGGAGGUCGACGCGCUGCUUACGGUAACUGUGUUACCAGGGGAGACAUGGAAUCAGACCGAUGUGAUUGGAGUGAAAAUGGUUGCUGUGUGCGCAGCAACGGCUGCUGUGGAUGGCAGCAAUAUCACCGCUUCAGUGCAACUCGUCAAGUUUCAAGCGCAGGAGGAGUGGAGUUUGGUCGGCAAUAUCCCCACUCAUAUACUCCAGGCUAUAGUGUCUGCUCUCUCUCGCUCCGUCCUCAUCCCUCUGCUGAAUCACCGCCUGCGAUCCGGCUUCCCGCUGCCGUUCCCUACUGGCGUCGCCCUUGCGAAUUCCUCCGUUCAUUACUGUCACAACCGCCUGCUUGUGUGCUCUGAUAUUGUCUACACUGGGGGACUGUUUAGGGUUAGUGGUGGGUUAUGA